UGUAUGAAAAUGAUGACCAGCUGCUGUGGAACCCUGACUUCUUACCAGAAGAUAAAGUGAUCGAGUUCCUAAAUGAAGCAUCGAGGCGUACGGGUGAUGAGAAAGGCCUGGAUGCAAUUCCUGAAGGAUCACACAUUAAAGACAAUGAGCAGGCGUUGUAUGAACUGGUUAAGUGCAAUUUUGAUACUGAAGAAUCAUUACGAAGGUUGAGAUUUAACGUAAAAGCAGCCAGAGAAGAAUUAUCAGUUUGGACAGAAGAAGAAUGUAGGAACUUUGAACAAGGACUGAAAGUCUAUGGCAAGGAUUUUCAUGUGAUUCAGGCAAAUAAGGUACGAACAAGAUCGGUUGGUGAGUGUGUGGCAUUUUAUUACAUGUGGAAGAAAUCGGAGCGUUACGAUUUCUUUGCGCAGCAAACCCGAUUUGGAAAGAAGAAAUACAAUCUUCAUCCUGGUGUAACAGAUUAUAUGGACCGUCUACUGGAUGAAAGUGAAAGUGCUGCUUCCAGUAGAGCUCCGUCCCCUCCUCCUACCACUUCCAACAGCAGCACCAGCCAGUCUGAAAGGGAAGACAGCACAACCAGCAACAGCAAUCAGAAUGGGGUGUCUGCCAACGGGCCAGGUGAGCUGCCAAACAAAGAGGAAGCAAAAACUGAAGGACUGCAUGUAAACGGACCUGCCAGUGGCAAGAAAACACCUCACACGGAUCUGGAUACAAAUGGGUAUGAAACUGAAAACCUUUCCAUUGACCCCAAACUCGCUCAUUCAGCUUCAAGAAAUGAAAACGAUUUUGAAGAAAAAACCGAAAGACCUCUAAAAAGAAGAAGAAUUAACAGCAACGGAAAAGAGAGCCCAGGGUCUUCAGAGUUUUUCCAAGAAGCAAACUCACAUGGGAAGCUUGAAGAACUAGAAACUUUGGAUGACUGA